AUGAGUUCCAAUGCGUGGGAUACAGGUGUCUUAGAGGGGCAAUUGUUCAAGAACCUUACAAAGUAUUCCCUUUAUUUACAGAAACUAUCCACUGCCUCUCAAGUCACAAAACUUGCACAUAUUAUCAACAAAGAACACCAGGAUCAACAGCAUAAUCUCGAUCGCUUCAUUCAGGAAUCACAAUCCAAGCAUAAUCGAGCUAUACGAAGCUUGGAGUUACAGAGAACUGACCUUACAUCCACCUUAUCACAAUAUCAUUCAUGUCUAACCACUGUAGCAAAUUCAAAUGUCGCCGCUAAAGCUAUUAAUGAUGAUAUCGUCGCUAUAGAUAACGAGGAUAAACUUAUCAAGCGUACGUUGCAAUUCGUUCAGGGGGUAAGUGUGCUCAAGAAUAACAUCUCUGUGAUUCAUGCCGCUAUCGAAUCUCGCGAUUACCAACUCGCUGCUCGCUGUAUCACGAGAUUUAGACAGUUGCCUACAGGAGAUUAUUGGAGUCGCAAUUCGCCAGGAGAGUGGUCCCAACUUAGUGAUAUCCCGGAGGAACCAGCAGCCGUGGUUGAAAAGUGGUGCAAUGAGCUUACAGAAGUUUACAAGAGUAGCUUUCUUGAAGCUGCAAAGUCUCAGGAUAUCCAGCAAUUGACUCUUAUCUUUAAGACAUUUCCCCUAGUGGGCCAAAACACUUUGGGGCUCGAUCUCUACUCCAAGUACGUAUGUGAUAUGAUAGCUGAGCAAAGUCGAAGGCUUAUGACUAUGGAGACUAAGAAACGUGGGGUAUUUGCACAGGCACUUUUGCAUCUUUUCAAGAUCGUUUCUACAAUCAUUAAUGAUCAUUCAAAAGUUAUUGCGAGUUGUUACGGUACCAGUUAUAUGAUUCAUGUGAUGGAAAAGGUUGAAAAGGAGGCGGAUUUACAAGCGGGAUUAGUAUUUGAUAUCUUUAACGAGACACGAAAGAUUGACCGUGUCGUUAAGGAUAUUCAAAAUUGGAAUUCAUAUCGUGAUGAGCAAUCCGAGGAAAACGGAGGCGAACUACAUGUUAAUACGUCUGUCGAGUGGGAUACAAAAAAACCUGACACUUUAAGCCUCGGGGACCUGUCUGAUUUGGUCAAUGAAUUCUCAAGCAUGUUGCAAAAUUGGUCCAUGUAUUCAAGGUUUUUCUCAGUGAGGUGGUACGAAUUUUUAGGUUCCACCGAGAUGAGUACAUUGAAAUGUCCCCCACCAAUUGCUGAUAGUCAAUUGACUACGAAGCUUGGUAAGGAUGGUUUUUACCAGAAUUUUGAGAUAUUAGUGCAACAUUAUUUGCUAGAAUCAUUCAAGAAAAGUUUAUCAAUGGAAGAAUUACCUUCAAUAAACAAUUUAAUCAGUCUCAAACCCAUUGAACAUACCGAUAUUUUCUCAUAUCCAGUAUCAUCAAUCUUGGACGAUCUUUCGUUACUGAUAAGAAAGAAUCUGAUUCUGGCAGUCAACACAGGACAGGUUGAGAUUUUCUCUCAUUUUCUUGACCAAUUAGCCAAAUUCUAUCAAAACGAGUUCUUGGUCAAGUUUAUGCAGUCCAAGUUCAAGAGUUUGCAACCAAGACUCAGCUCAUCGCUCAGUCUGAAAAAAUUCGUGCCCAAGAGUGCUGAUGGGUCAGCAGUGACUUCUAGAGCUGCUUCACCUUCAGUUGCAGAAGGUUAUGCUGCAAAAUUAGGUUUCAAUUUCAGAGGAGCAGCUGCAAGCGCAUUGACCAACAUCCAGUCAAAUUUACAAGCAGUGGUUUCAGAUGAGGAAUCAGUCCUUUCAUUGCACCAAUACCUCAUCUACAUCAAUACCUUAUACCUCAACUCUAAUGUGGCACAUAGGUUACUCACUGUAGAAAUUUUGGAGGAAAAUCCAAAGUUGUUGCCCGAUAACUACCCCUUCAACGAUGAUGCUGAAGUGCUAGCAAAGAAGAUUAAUACGUGCGAAACACUCUUCAUCAAGCAGACCACAAAACUACAAAGGUGGUCAGUGAAAUUUCUGUUUGAGAACAUUUUGAUGAGCAAGGUACGAUCUCUGACAACUAAUAUUAUGACUAAUGGUAACGAAAAUCAAUAUAUCUCAGGUGCAGACGACUACGAUGAUCUGACAAUUGUACACGAGUUUGUCAACAAGUGGCAAUCCAUGAUGAUCCCUUACGAGAACGUGUUGGUCAAUGAUGCCUUCACUGAGUUAUUAUCAUUGAUCGUCGACUGCAUCGUCAAGAAACUCGAACAAAAAAUAUGGACACUACAAGUGAACGACUUAGGAGCCACGAAGCUAGAUCGUGAGCUAAGUUUACUCAUCAGUACAGUAUGCUCCAGAAAUUACGUACUAAGGGAAAAAUUCGCCAAAGUGACACAAAUCGCCCUAAUCUUGGGGUUCGACGAUGACGACUUCGACGUUGAGAGCGGCGACUUGAAGGAAGAAAUAUCCAUCGGGAUCAACUGGGUACUCAGUUCACAGGACCGUAUCUCUGCAAGAAACCUCAAGGUAGACAAGAGACGUUAA